AUGGCUGUUGUUGAGCCUCCUAAACAACUUUUAGUGCCUUUAAAAGUUGAAGAACGGUUGUUAAUGGGCCCAGGUCCUUCAAAUGCCCACCGAAGGGUACUGGAUGCCUGCGCUCAACCGAUUUUGGGGCUCUUAGACCCACGGUUUUGUGCAAUUAUGGAUGAAGUAAAGUUAGGUUUACAAUACAUUUGGCAGACGAAAAAUAAGCAUACUUUUGCGCUAAGCGGGACUGGUCACAGUGGUGUCGAAGCUUCCAUUAUUAACAUGACCGAAAGAGGCGAGAAAAUCAUGAUUUGUGUCAAUGGAAUUUGGGGGGAGAGAGCGUCUGAUAUGGCUGAAAGAAUAGGCAAGUGUCUUUGUUUAUUGUACGUAAUUAUGGUCAAACGUUGAUAUUUGAAGUGUUUAAUUACUCAAAUUUAUAACUAGUUGAUUGCGUUGCCAUAGAGCUAUAAUACAAAGUCUUCAUUUAGGUUAUUUUGGUAACUCGUUUCAUUUUAAUAGCAGCAGUAUUUUAUUCAGUUUAAUGCCUAUAAGGUGUUUAAUAAGCUAACCCAUAGAGUGGCAGUACUCUCCCCUGACCAGUAAAAUCGUCUGGCAUUAGACAGAGUAAAAUAGUAAAGUAGAGUCAGUAUGGUGCAUUGCCACUUAAAGCGUUACCAGUCUGUUUAUUGUGAACCUAUGCUUUCUGUAUUGUUAUUUUACUUUGUCUAAUAAAGAGGCUUUAGAUGGCUUUGUACUCAAUUUCUGUCCAUUUUGACAUUUUUCUCAAUUUCUGCAUAUAUCUGCCUGUAUCAAAUGCAAUGUCCUAAACACAUUUUUCGUAAUUUUGUUAGGUUGUGAUGUCAGAAAGAUAGAGAGACCUAUUGGUGAAGUUUUUACUUUGGAAGAUAUACAAAAGGUUAUUGUUUAAAUUUUUGACCAAUUUACUGUACUUGACUUAUGAUCUGUGCUGACCAACUUGGACAAAGCAGAAAUAUUUUGUCUGACGAUUUGUCUGUUUAUAUAUGUGGCGAACAGACAAAUUAUCUGUUAUGCCAAAUUCUGGCAAUGUGUAUUUUGUCUAGAUAUACAAAUGGACUUGAAUAACAAACCUAUCAUUACACUGUCUAGCACUUGAUGCAAGAAAAAUAAAAGCCUGAUUGCAGAUUAGGUGCAAUGUCAUUAAGCUGCAUUGUGCUCCAAUGUGCCCAACUUUAUUAUUUUACUUUGUCUAACACCAGACAACUUUUACUCGAGAGUGUUGUCACUCAAUGGGUUAAACAACAUUUUAUUUGAAUUUCAGGGAAUAGAGGAGCAUAAACCAGGCGUAGUGUUUAUCACUCAUGGAGAGUCAUCAGGCACAACGUGUCAACCUCUUGAAGGCAUUGGAAAACUCUGUCAUAAGUGAGUGCUUACAGACAUAUGACAGUUAUUAGUAGCGAUACACCCUAAUUGAAGUCUGCAAAAGUAUGCCGAUCUAAAUCCGACCUAACACAUCUCGACAUUUUAAAAAUCUGUUUUCCAUGUCUUGGGGCACUAGUAAUCACAUAUUUACAAAUCAUUGAAAAGUAACAUGACAACUGACUUUUUAACAGAAUUUGAAUUUUCCAUUGUAGCAAUGAUUGUAUAUUGAUAGUGGAUAGUGUGGCGUCUCUCGGAGGAUCACCUUUGAAUGUGGACGACCUUGAAAUUGAUGUUGUAUAUAGCGGUUCACAGAAAUGCCUGGGUGCUCCACCUGGGUUAAGCCCUAUAUCACUUAGUCCUCGAGCUUGGUGAGUAAAAGUAUAUACCUCUACAAUAUGCUGAUGUUUGUGUCUGAACUACCUGAAAAAGAUAUCUCAAAUGUGGUGGUCCAGUGUAGGUAGUAUUCUUCAAUAAGCUGUCGUGGUUUGUGUCUGAACUACCUGAAAAAGAUAUCUCAAAUGUGGUGGUCCAGUGUAGGUAGUAUUCUACAAUAAGCUGUUGUGGUUUGUGUCUGAACUACCUGAAAAAGAUAUCUCAAACGUCGUGGUCCAGUGUAGGUAGUAUUCUACAAUAAGCUGUCGUGGUUUGUGUCUAAACUACUUGAAAAAGAUAUCUCAAACGUGGUGGUCCAGUGUAGGUAGUAUUCGACAAUAAGCUGCCGUGCUAAAUUGUGUCAAAGUUGCUGAUAAUUUCAUUCAUAGUUGUUGGCUUUGAUGUUGAAGAUAUUUUGUUAAAUAUUUCAUAGGAAGAAAUUACAAUCAAGAAACACAAAGGUUCCCUCAUUUUAUUUUGAUCUCACAAUGAUUGCAAACUAUUGGGGAUGUGACGAUGGACCACGCAGGUAAAAAUUAUCACAGAGUGUGGUUAGAUAACUACCCCGUACCUGUAGCUCUCAAGAUUUAUCUACAAACAGCAUGUUAGGAUAUAGGGUGACUUCACUGCACCGACUUUAUUUGCUUCAUGGAAAUGUCAUAUUUGUGGUGUAGAGUUGGUCAGGGCAAGAGUGUUUACAAGCCUUCUGUCUUUCUAAUAUGCAAUGUCCAUCAGCAUUUAGUUUUUAUUUCUAUUUUCCUAUAGAUAUCAUCACACUGGACCAAUUAACUCUGUUUAUGCUUUGCGAGAAGCUCUUUCAUUGGUCGUUGAAGAGGUUGGUUUGGGGAGAUAUUUACAGUACUAAUAUAUAUAAACAGUGUCCUGUCUUGCUCAGUUUGUAAGUAUAAUCAGACAUUUUCAUUGGAUUUUAGGGUCUUGAAAAUUUCAUUGCAAGACAUCAGAAAAGUGCUGAACUUUUGCAAGAUGGUUUUGAGAAAAUGGGAUUCACAUUUCUCGUUCAGGAUAAGGUGAUGCAAAAUAAAUAUUGCUAUCAUGCUAAAUUAAGUUAUGUUAAAGUUUGCUAGCUCACAAUAAGAAUAGUGACAAAUGCUUUAACAUGAUCCUGUAUUUUUAGCGUCAUCGUUUGCCCACUAUCACUGGUGUGCUCAUUCCACAAGGUGUUGACCAGAAAAAAGUUUCAGCAUUCAUUGGCGAAAA